AUGGAAGAGAAUGGCAGCUCUGAAGUGACAAGAUCAUUAAGGGACAUACCACCAUCUCACUACAUUUUCAAGAUUGAGCCAUUCUCACAACUCUCAAAAGCACUGUUAGAUACUGAAGUUCAGAGUUAUGAAUCAGACAUCUUUCAAGCCACUGACUACAAAUGGAGAUUAUCUCUCUACCCAAAUGGUGAUGAAAAAAGAAAUGGGAAAGGUUACAUCUCUCUGUACUUGGUAAUUGCAGAGACAAAUAAAUUACCUCUUGGUUGGGAGGUCAAUGUGAACUUCAAAUUGUUUGUCUAUAAUCAAAUUCAAGACAAGUACUUGACCAUCCAAGAGUGGGGUUUUCCUCAGUUGCUUUCACUCACUACCUUCAAUGAUCCUUCUAAUGGAUACCUCAUCGGUGACAAAUGCAUGUUUGGAGCAGAAGUUUUUGUUUUGAAUUAUAGUGGCAGAGCUAAGUUUCUGAGUUUUAAGGAACUUGACAUUAUUCACACUUGGAAGAUUGAAAACUUUUCAUCUCUGGAUGCUGAAUAUGUUGUCUCUGAUGUCUUCACUGCUGAAAGUUGCAAGUGGAUAUUGUGUCUCUAUCCCAAAGGAUGUCCAGAAGAAAAGGUCAAGUGCCUGUCUCUCUUUUUAGGGUUAUAUAAUGGUGAAUCCUUUCCUCCAGAACGAAAAUUAUAUGCACAGUAUAGCUUGUGCAUAAGGAACCAACACAACGAUAGGAGCUGGUUCAGUACUACUUUAGGUGACGUUUGUGGUGAGAGUACAUUCUUGUCACUAACAGAUCUCCAUGAUUCCAACAAGGGAUUCCUUGUCAAUGACACUUUAAUUGUCGAGUGCAAAGUUAUUGCUAUCUCUGAAGUGAAGAACUUCGAUCAAUAG